AUGAAAGCAAUUGCUAGAUCUUAUGUAUUUUGGAAUGGUAUAGAUAACGAUGUUGAAAAUACUUCCAAAAACUGUUCUGAAUGUGCAAAACAUAAAAUAGAUCCUCCUAUGGUAAAAGUUGAUCAUUGGGAGCACCCGAGCGCUCCAAUGGAAUGUAUUCACAUCGAUUAUGUAGGACAUAUUUUUGAGCAUAUGUUUUUGAUAAUCGUCGAUGCUCACUCAAAAUGGCUAGAAGCCUAUCCAUUGAAAUCAAGCUCGACUUUUAAAACAAUAGAAUGUUUACGGGACUUUUUUGUACGAUUAGGAUUACGGAGUGUGAUUUUGAGUGAUCAAGCAAUAUUUAUGAUCAGUGUCACAGACGUUGAAGAUAAUUUUACAUAUUUUUAA